AUGCCGGUAGUGUUCCCCCUCGCCCUCGGUCUGCAUAUCCUCGUAUGCCGGGCGUGAUUACAGUGGGACAGUGGAUGCAUGGAACUUGCAGAUGCUCUGUUUGUAGCUGCGCCGUAAUUCUACAGUGUAAGACUUACUAAGUAUAAAGUCCAAAUACACGGCGCAAUUUUGGGUUCGAAUAGUACUAACAAACUUGACAGUCGUAUUGUCAAUUUGUCCCGUCACGCAAUAAAAACAGCAUCCCACCUUGCAAUAACCUCGAACAUCGCUUACUGCAAGACGUUGCGUCGAUCCGAGAGAACGUUGAGCGCACCGCCAAACAGGGAAAACCACAAGAAAAUAUUGUAUUGAAGGGGCUUCCAACUCGAAGCCCUCAUGAUAGAAUAAACUUCUGGGGUUCAUUAGUAUACCUUGAGAAUGCAUGGCGAACAUUUCUGGGAGCUGAAGCUGCGCUAUCAGCAUACGGGAAUGACUACCAGACCACCUACGAUUUUUCGUCAAGGCAAAGUGUGUUUGGUUUGUGGUUGCUCUCCUUGGAAUUCCGCAUUCGUCGACUUCCGCUAGGAGGCAUUGGUUUGCAGUUUGUGGCCGGUAGUUUAACAGUGAAAAACAUCGUACCUGAGACCUCUCCUAUUAUGACUGCUUGUAAAAAAGGGGAAGUUGCUGUAGUCAGAAAUCUUUUUGAAACCCGCAAAGCCAGCCCAAAUGAUAUCACGCCGAUCAAUUCAACUCCUCUGAGGGUAAGCGAUCUUUCUCCACGAAUUCCAUGAUCGUUUUGCCUAUCAACUUGGGCGUGAUAGUUCGCGAUCGAAAGCGGUUCCAUAGAAUUAGUUCAAACGAUUUUAAGCACAGGUGCCGACAUAAAUACGCCUUUUGGUCAAAUGAUAACGUAGGCUCAUACAUUCAUUCCUAAGGGCCACCUACUGAUAUUUAUAAUCAGACACCCCCUCAGCCGGGCUUCCGCAAGCCGGCAAAUUGAAAUUGCCAGGCUUCUCAUCAAAAAGGGGGCUCAAGUAGAUCAUGUCAGCGCCAGAGGCUGGACGGCGGUAUUCUAUCUGUUCGGUUAUGAAUGGAUUCACGGGAACAAAGGGGAGUCUUGUAUUGAAUACUUGAACUUACUGUCAGCCGCUUCAUUUUCAGACUGUGAUGUUCAGGAUGUAGAUGGCUGGUCGGUUAUGGACAGAGCAGCUAGUUGGGGGACCGCAGAAGAUAUAGCAGCACUGGUAAAUCUCGGAGCUUCAGUACAAUUAUCUACGGUUAUUAAUUGGCUCCCAAUCAGAUGCGCAACAUGGUUCGGAAACAUCGACACACUUAAUGCUCUUUUGGAUAUCCGAGACAGAUCCCAUAUCAACCAACGAGACAAAAGAGGCUGGACAUUGCUUCACGAUGCAGCAGAUAUUGGAAGCUCAAAGCUAUUGGAACUCUUACUAAGCAAUGGAGCGGAUCCUCACUUAGUUACGUUUAAAAUGGCCAGUGGAGUGCCUCAUGACCUGAAGAAUAGAAGUCUUACGACCGGCGAUAUCGCAAAGCAACGGGGCCGAAAUGUCUGCGAUGCCUACAAGACUGCGCUGGGGAAUGCAGAAAUGGGUAUUUCCACCGUCGAGGCGCUGGAUGACAGCGGAUCCGAGGAUAUAUUUUGGGUGGCAGAGUCAGAAGCAGUUGAAGAUCUGGGCUUGAGUGACACUCGUUCAAGGUCAAGCCCAUCUCUCUUUCCCGUCUCUGACUUGCGAAUAAUCGGACUCCUUUAG